UACAAAUAAAACAGUUUUGCAUCGACAAACAGAAACAAAACGAGCCAGUUAUUCCAUGGUUGUCUCGUAUUUCAAAUUAAAUAAGUAAAUAAUUUAUUUGAGUUUUCCAAAACUUAUUAAUUUAGAAAAAUGUCUAUGGAUCUUUUAGAUCUGUGUAAAAAAUAUUUUAAUACUCGUGAUUUCUAUGAAGUUUUAAAAAUUUCAAAAAAUGCUAAUGAAAAGCAAGUAAAGAAAGCCUACCACAAAAUGUCAUUGCUUGUUCAUCCUGAUCGCGUAGAAGAAAAAAUCAAAAUUGAAGCUACAGAAAAAUUUAAGGUUCUUGGUAGAAUUCACUCUAUCCUUAGUGAUGUUAAUAAACGAAAAAUUUAUGACAAAACUGGUACAUUUGAUGAAAAAAGUGAAGAAAUUAUUAUGCGUAACUGGGCAGAUUACUGGUGUUCUCUUUUUAAGGAAAUUACAGUGGAAGAUAUAAAUAAAUAUGAAAUAGAUUAUAAAGGAUCUGAAAUUGAAAUUAAAGACUUAAAAAGAGCUUAUAUGGACAGUAAAGGCAAUAUGGAUUAUAUUCUUGAAUCAGUACCUUUUACAAAUUGCGAUGAAGAGCCUCGAUUACAUAGUAUUAUUCAAGAUCUUAUUACAAAAGGUGAAGUACCAGAAUUUAAAAAUUUUACACAAGAGAACAAAAAAAAGAAACUACUUAGAAAGCGAAAGUGGGAUAAAGAAGCAAAAGAAGCAGAAAAGUUAAUUAAAAUGCGGCACAUCGAAAAAGAAGAUUCUGGAGAAAUGGAUAAUUUAGCUUUAGCAAUUUUAAAUAAAAAUAAAUCUAGAGUAUCUGAGGCAAAUAAUUUCUUUGAUUCUCUCAUUAAUAAAUACACAAAAUCAUCAGAAAAGUCAAAGAAGAAAGGAGAAUCAUCGCAAAUGUCAAAAAAGAAAAAAUAUAUAUAGUUAUCAGUUAUUAUAAUAAUUUAAU